AUGGCGGAUGAAAAGCAAAAGGCUGCUCCUGAAAAGGAUACAAGUGCAAUAAAAAAAGUUUUGUCAACUAAGUCAUUGGGUUUAAUCAAAGCAUGGGAAGAAAGCGAGGAAAACAAAAGUAGACAACAACUAUCUAAUGUUGUUGCGUGGGAGCUCAGCAAGCAAGCGUAUAUUGAUGCGCGACAGAAGAAGUUUGAGCGAAAACUAGAAAGGAAGAAGGCAAUGUACGUAGAAAAGAUGCAAAACAAAGUUGCUGAGAUUCAUAAGAAAGCAGACGAGAAAAGGGCGAUGGUUGAAGAUGUGAAAGAGGAAGAACGUACAAAGGUAGAAGAGAAGGCUGACAAAUUCCGUGAAAUUGGGCAUGUACCAAAGAAAAUCCUAUGUUUUAACUUUUGA